UGAAGAGAAGUUAGCAACCUGCUGACCUACAACACACCAACAACAAGGGAUAAGAGGCGACUACUCGGGGUUCACAUGAUCAUGUUUUCAGGCUUGGGUGAACAAAUCUAAAAAAUGCUGAGCCAGAUUUAGUCGGGACUUUGGGUUCCGGGUUAAACUGUGAAGGGGAAAGACAAGGGAUACGAGCUGUUGGAGGUUUUUGGCGAUCAGAUGGUGAAAUUCCAGAAGUUUGCUGAAGCAGCAUUUUUUGUUUUUCUUUCGUAUUCUACUUGGUUUACGGGCCUGGUAUGAUUUGGAUUACAGUCGAACACAGUUUAUAUCUCUUAACUACCUCAACUCGUCACCGUGCGCUCCCUCCUUGGGCGUAAACACCUUGGAGUUUGAAGGUCUUUAAUACCGGACUGUCCUCAAGAUAGAAGAACGCAAGUGGAUUUUUGAAAACCACUACAGGUUGAAAACACAAUGAAAUCAAAGACACCGUGAACAAAUGUAACUCCACACAUUCAAGGUUCCUUUGGCUCUUGGUGUAAAUUGGGAAGUAACCUACUUUAAGAGAUAAUGGCCGUUGCAGACGAGACGGAGGUGUAUGUUUAUGAACAGGUUGUCAUUUUGAUUUCGUGUGUGCUGUCAUUUUUUGGAUCCAUCCUGAUCAUAUGCACCUAUGUCGUUUGGACUGAUUUAAGAACCAAGCCAAGGAAACUCCUCACGUACUUAUCAGUAGCCGAUUUGCUGUCCGCGAUUUCUUACUCCUACGGAGUUUGGAGGGUUUUCGAGUCGAAUUCGUGGGACUGCGUUCUGCAAGGAGCGAUAUCCACGUUCGCUAACACCAGCUCAUUUUUCUGGACAGUGGCUAUAGCAAUUUACCUGUACAUUUUUAUCGUGUCGUCCAAUCAAAGACUUGCUGACAGUCUGGUGCUGUGGUUCCACAUUAUCAGCUGGGGUAUCCCCCUGGGCAUCACUGUGGCAGCUGUCUGCCUGCAGAAGAUCGGCUAUGAUGCCUCGGAAGUGUCCGUGGGCUGGUGCUGGGUCAGCAUCCAGGCUCCCGACCACGUGCUGUGGAUGCUGCUGACGGGAAAGAUCUGGGAGUUCUUGGCCUACCUCACCCUGCCCAUCCUCUACAUCCUCAUCAAGAAGCACAUCCACAGAGCGCACGCAGCUCUCUCAGAGUACCGACCCAUUCUGGCCAGCAGUGCUGUGUCCCAGUCACGGUCCUCCAUGGCUGACAGGAAGAUGACCCUCAUCCCAGUCAUCUUCAUUGCCCUGCGCAUAUGGAGCACCCUGCGCUUCCUGCUCAUGCUGCUCGACUCUCCCGCCCGACAGAGCCCCCUGCUGGUCACCCUGCACGGCAUUGGGAACACCUUCCAGGGAGCGGCCAACUGCAUCAUGUUCGUGCUGUUCACGAAGCCGGUGCGCACGCGACUGGCGGCAGCGGUCUGCUGCUGCUGCUGCCGCCACACCGCGCACAGGGACUCGGACGCGUCCAUCCAGGACCCAGCCAGCAGCAACGGCCCCCUGCGGAGAGAGGACGUCAGCCACCGCGUGUGGGGGGAAGACUGACGGACACCGAGGGGGCGGGGCUCGCAGUGGGUACCAGCACCACCAGCCACUGAGACCGCAGCCCCCUUGCUGUACAGUGUGGGGAUGGGGAGCGGGACUUGAGAUCACAGCCCCUUUUGUGUGGGAAGUGCCUUCAGGUUCGAUGGAAAAACACUGCCUGCACAUGGCACGCACAAUAACCUCACAUGUAACUCAAAUGCAAACGGUGAUGACAAUGCACUUUUAGAGAUUGUUCA